GGUUUCAGUGGCAGCUGUUGCUGCAGUGUUUGUUUAAUGGUGUCUCACUGCUUCAGGUAGCCGGCUCCAGGUUGACUCAGCCUUCCAGCCUUCCGAGGCUCUGCCCAUUCAGGUGUCUCCUUUCUCCUCCCCAGCUUGCGGGCGUGGCAUUUAGGCAAACUUUUUCCUGUAUUCCUCUUGCAUUUCUCGCCGGGGCAAGAGCCAGCAGCAAAGUUGCUUGCUUUGCAGAAGACAGCCGACUAGGUAGGCCCCGAAUCUGAUCUCUUCUUGUGAGGCAGCUAGCUUGGGUGGGCAGGGAAAAACCCCUCCCCCUUCAGAACAAACCGUGGAGACAAAAGCUGUGUGAUGGAGACCGCGCGAGCCAACGGGACCGCAGGGAAGCCGGAGGACCCCAAGACCUCGGUCUCCCCUAAGAAAGAAGCUGAGGAAGCGAAGAAGUCCACCAGUCCCAUCAGAGGGGAAAAAGAGGGCAUGAAGAAUAACUCCGCCAGCCCCUCGCUGGAGACAGGUCAGAUCAAAAAUUCUAUUUACUCUGGGGGUGAGUGGAAGCGGCCCAUCAUCCAGUUUGUCGAAUCAGCCGAUGAGAAGAGGUCAACCUACUACAAUGUGGAUCCUGGGGAGGCCAAGAAGCCCAUGUACCCCACUGUUCAGCUAGGAGAAGCUAGGAGGCCCCAGGUUUCCUUCCCAGAGAGGGGGGACUUGAGGAAGCCCAUGUUUACGGUAGAGACGAAGAAGCCCUUUGCCAGUGAAGGGGAUGCCAAAAAGCCGCUGUUCUCCAGCGGGCAGAUUGCGGAUCUCAGGAAGCCCACUAUCUCCAUCUCUCUUACAGAACCCGGAGAGACCAAGAGAGCCAACCUCCUUAGGGCCAACAGAGGGUCUAGUUCAAGGCCCCGCUUAAACCUGGAAGAGGUCCUCUGCGACUCCUGCAUUGACAACAAGCAGAAGGCCGUGAAGUCCUGCCUGGUGUGUCAGGCAAGCUUCUGCGAGCUCCACCUGAAGCCCCACUUAGAAGGGGCCGCCUUCCGAGACCACCAGCUCCUGGACCCCAUCAAGGACUUUGAAGCCAGGAAAUGCCCCAUCCAUGGCAAGACCAUGGAGCUCUUCUGUCAGACGGACCAGGUCUGCAUCUGUUACCUCUGCAUGUUCCAGGAGCACAAGAACCACACCACGGUGACGGUGGAGAUCGAGAAGUCCGGCAAAGAGACCGAGCUCGCCCUGCAAAAAGAACAGCUGCAGCUCAAGAUCAUAGAGAUUGAAGACGAGGUGGAUAAGUGGCACAAAGAGCGGGACCGCAUCAAGAACUUCACCACCAAUGAGAAAGCCACUGUGGACCAGCAUUUCAAAGAGCUGAUUCGUGACCUGGAGAAACAGCGAGAUGAAGUCAAGGCUGGCCUGGACCACAGGGAGAAGAUAGCUGUGGAGAACAUCAAGGAGAUCGUGGAAGAGCUGGAGGACAGGGCCAAACUGCUGCAAGAGGACAAGGAGACGAGGGACCAGAUCAGCAUGAUCAGUGAUUCGGUGCUCUUCCUGCAGGAAUUUGGAGCGAUGAUGAGGAGCUACACCAUCCCGCCGUCUCUGCCCACUUACAGCAUCCUUUUAGAAGGAGAGAACAUGAGCCCUUCCAUGGGGCUGCUUAGGGAUGACCUCCUGAAUGUCUGCUUGAGGCAUGUGGAGAAGAUCUGCAAAGCUGACCUCAGUAGGAACUUCAUUGAGAGGAACCAUAUGGAGAACGGGGAUCACCGUUUCAUGAUGAACAACUACUCCGAUUGGAACCAGCCAGACAGCUUGAAGAGGUUUUCCAUGUUCUUGACUCCAAAAGGAGGCAAUUACAACACCCGGGCCUGGGAGUAUUCGACCGUCCAGACGGCUGAGGAGACGAUCAGCGGGGACUCGGCCUUCUCGUUGAAAGUGGCCAAUGGGACCAAGAUGCCUUAUCAGUUCCCCCAAUUGGCCAGAGUUUCACCUGGUGAUUUCAGCAAGCAGUCCGAUGGGAGCCUCUAUAAGAAUGCUUACCCUUCCAUAGUGAGGCACCAGACUGCUAAGGCUCAGCCGCAAACGUGGAAGUCCUCCAAGCAGAGCAUGCUGUCUCACUACCGGCCGUUCUAUGUCAACAAAGGCAACGGAGUGACUUCCAAUGAAGCCCCUUGAUCCACUGUGCAGAAGAGGAGCCGGUCGCUCUGUAGGGGGCGAGCAGCAGAGAAUGUUGACGGAUGCUCCCGACACUGUAUUAAGCUUGCUGUUCUAAUCUCUUUUUUUUUUGGGGGGGGGGGGGUGAUGGGGAGGGGAAGGAUGAAAGGUUCUGGCCCAUUCCAGAGGAGCAUCCUCCAAAUCUGUUCCCCUUGGGCACUAACAUGGCUGCUCUUUGUAUCCCCAGUUCUGCAAUGGCCGCCAAGAGCUUGUGGGAGUCCCAAAAGUUCCUUCUAGAGCCUCC